CAAAUUUCAUAGUAAAAAAAAAAAGACAUUCAAAUGAUAUAAUAUUCUUAAAAAUUGGAAUCUCUAACUUAUACCGUUUUUCUUUCUUUUCUUUUCUUUGAUUUUAAUUGCACGCGGUUUUAUCUUGCAUCAGUUGGAAGUUGCACGCUCGGCUGGGGACCAGUAAACCAAACAAAAGGCACUCUCCAUACCUGUGCUGCGACAGUUUUGACUAACAUUUUAGGCUAGCUACCAGCAUUGCAAUAUUACCCUUGCUGUUCUUUGCUGAAACCGAAGGUAACAAGAAAAAAACCCAAAAAACUUCAAGGACCAUCAACAACAGUCAACAAAACAUACUGGUUUUGCGGAAGAAAUGUGAAGAGCAAGAACCAAGAAUAAACCUACCAACGUCAGAACGUUUCAAUGUCAGUUAUGAACCUAACAGAGGACCAAAAAAGCCUAUAUGCCUUGCCGCAAGGAAACAAGUCUGGAAUUUUCACAUUUUGUCGGCCGACUUCUGAAGUCAACGUGCUGAUUGCUGUGCACUCAGUCUUAAUCUUCGUUAUCGUCGCUAUUAAUUCAAUCAUCAUUUGUACCUUUGCAAAGAACAGGAAAAUUAGAACUGUUACUAACUACUUCUUUGCAAGUCUGGCCGUUUCGGACACUUUGGUUGGGUGUGUGUCUAUUCCAAUGUGGAUAUAUAUGUUUGUUUUUCCGCUUCAUAACAAUUGCAGUCUGCCCGGUGUUAGGUUUAUGGAAGUUUACAGGUUUAUGGAUAUAUUCAGUGCACUUUCAUCCACUGCGCACUUGAUGGCCAUAAGUUGUGAGCGCAGUUUGGCUAUUACGAGACCCCUGUGGCACAGGGCUUGCUCCAAGAAUUUUUUCUACGCUCUUCUAGUUAUCGCGUGGUUGUACGGCCUUAUAACAAGUGGUCUCAUUGUCGCUGACUUCUCUAAGUUCUGGAUACGGUAUCGCGCCAUUGCGGUCUUUGUAGCCGGUUUUUGUGUUCCUCUUAUAACAAUUAUUAUCUUAUACGCCAUGACCUACAAGAGUGUUAAGUCAUACGUUCAGCGCAGGAGAAGUAAUUCUGCUGGAAAUCUCCAAAAGUACAUUCACAGGGAAAAGAGAACUGCUGUAACGGUUGCUUUUGUACUUGUGGCUUUUAUUCUGGCAUGGCUUCCUUUCUUCGUUGUCUCUCUUGUUGCAACAUUUUGCAUGACGUGCGGAAAGGCCAUAUUUGGCUUUACACCAGUCAUCAAUUUUGUCAAGGUUCUUCACUACUGCAACAGUGCUAUAAACCCCUUCAUUUACACGUUCAGGAACGCAACUUGGAAGAGAGCGUUUUUGAGAGUAGUUCUACCUUGUAUGAAAAUCCCAGACGAAAAACUAAUACGCGCACAAUGGCAAUCAACGGUCAGGGGAAGUGGUAUUACAAAGAAAAGCUUAUCUGGGACUACCUUUGAAAGAAAAUCACGAAAUCAGUCUUCCGAUGUCAGAAAUGAAAAUUAUAAAUGUCGAAUUUCCCUAUUUUCACUUAAACCUAAGUAAAACUAUGACGAUAUACGGGAAUGUAUAUUCCAAUAUUUGAUUGUUCAGUAUCAAGAGAUAUGAAUCUUGUAUCUGAAUUGUGACUACAUAUCUUAAGGGUUCUUUUGAGCCAUGUGAAGAAUAAUGUUUUUUCUGACAUUCUGAAUGGGUAUUAACAGAUAAUGUUCAGUUUGUUUUCGGUAUUAGAUCGUUUACGCAUGCCGGAUUAUGUACCACAGAAAUGGUGUGCUUCGAAAUGAAAAAAAAUUAGUUAUAGCUUACUAUCAAAUUCAAUGUCAGAUGUGAGAAAAUUUAUCCGAUAAUACGUAAGUAUCUUAAUUUAUUAGAUCGAACUUGAGUUUUUAUCUUAUCAAAACUUAUAAGAUCUUUGGAAUUGGGCAUUAGGCUUAUAGUAUAGAUCAUAUGAAAAACGAGCGUAAGACUGGGAACGAGCACCACGAACAAUUAAUGAUUUCAAAAAUAUAUUUUCAUUACAAGAAAGACCAUGUCUAUGAUUAGUAAUUUCGGAAAGUUCUGUUGUCAUAUAUUAAAUCCCUGAAGAGUAAUAAGCAUUUGAAUUGUAACGAAAACAUGAUAGCGAUGCUGGUAGGCCCUUGGUUGUUGUUUCUAUACAAACCUUUCUAAUUUCAAACAGCUGGGUUCUAUACACAAAGUUGAAGAAUCGUUGUCGGGUUCAGAAACAUAGAACAUAGAAGCUGAGACCGAAAUGGCACAUGGGAAAUACGUUGAUUAGAUGCAUGCUGUGACCGGCGACCCGUGGCAUCAUCCACUCUCAAACGCAGGUCUUCUGAAUACGCGUUUGGCAUUCUAAACCGACUGCAUGGAUGGCGCAAAUGAAUAAAUUAUAACAUAAUUAUGUCAUUUCCCAUGUGCCAUUUCGGUCUCAGCUCUUAUGUUCUAUGUUUCUGAACCCGACAAUGAUUCUUCAAUUGAGUGUAUACUCGUUCUGAUGAAAGCAAUGUUGUCUUCUAUAAAUGAUGAACUAAGGUAUCUCAAGCAACACAAAGGGACAAAAAAGGGAUCCUUUCUUAUAUGGUCUAUAGUGGGCAGUGACAGACUUUGAUCACUUGAUCCAGCUUCAUUGUGAAUAAUAGUUUUUCUAUUUUCCA